GUACGCGUAGUUAACUUCACGUUGUAUGCACUGCCCUCUUUUUUGUAGAAGUGUUGGGGCGUAGUUCCCUCCCUUAACCCUUUCUGUAACUUUAACCUCUACAACACGUCUGCUUAAUUCUCGUAUUGGAACCCUAUUUAAGCUUCUGACGAUUGUGUAGUGAAGACAGGAAAGAAAGAACUUCAUUGUAUUUGACAGAGGGCCUGCGGUGUAAAAGCCCCUAUAAAUGGCUGGGCAACGCGCAGGAAAUGCGCCAGCCCGGCGAGCCUUGCGGGAGCGUAAGGUUUCACAGCGCAUGGCAGUUGUGGACGAUGCGACUCGCCAACAGGCAGCCCAAGCCCGGUUAGAUGCGCUAGAGAACGACAACGAGCAGGCGGGCGAUCCGUUCGGACUGGCCAGCGACGAUGAUGAGUUCGUGUUGGAGGACGAAGAAGAGGAGGAAGAGGUUGGUGGCAAGAAGGGCAAGGGGCGCAAGAAGUCAGGCGGAGUCAAGCGGAAACUGCGCGGCGUGGCGUCGGAUCGUCGAGGGCCCAAGACCUUCGCGCGGUUACUGGAGGAGGCUGAGCUGGACCGGCUGCCCCCAGGCAAGCCAAGCUACCUGACGGCGGCUGCGCGGCCGUCAACCACCAGCGCCGCAAGGAAGUUCUGCUCCGUUUGCGGCAACACGUCCGGGUACACGUGCGCACGAUGCGGAUCACGAUACUGCUGUCGGAAAUGUUA